AUGGCCACAAGAACUACCUUGAAGACUCCAUUACCAACUACCUUCUUCACCCUUCUUUCCCUCUUGAUAUUCCUUUCUCCAUCUCUUGCUAAUGAUGAUUUCACUUCCUCUCCAUGCAACCUCACACCCCACCCUACAUUUUGCACUGCCACUCUACCCUCUCCCAAUAUUUUAUCCGUACACGACCAAUGCCGGUUCUUCCUUAACCAAUCCUUAGUAAUAACAAAGAAGGUUCUCGAAAUGGUCUCUUCUUAUCUAAGAGACCGCCGAAUGAGAAUUCCGGGUUCCACUUUACAUGCUAUCGAAGACUGCGUCAACUCUGCAGAACUGAACAUUGAUUUCUUGUCCAUUGUCCUCAGAGAUGCCGAAAGAACCGCCGCAAAUAGCUAUCAAGCUCAGUAUUAUGAUACACAAACAAUGCUUAGCGCCGUCUUAACCAAUCAUCAAACGUGUAUGGACGGUUUUAACGAAGUAACUCCAUAUCCAAGAAUCACCGGGGGAUUAUCAAGUGUACUGUCAAAUGCAUACAAGCUUUACAGCGUUUCGCUGGCGCUUUUCGCUCACGGUUGGGUUAAAAACCCGGCCGCAAGACCAAGAACUACCAUGAACAGAAAGUUACACCAAACAAACUUAGACGGCGACGAAGGGUUGGUGGUGAGAGAGAAAGUUGUGGUGAAUCCGAACGGAUCUGGGGAUUUCACCACCAUAAAUGAUGCUGUGGAUGCAGCACCUAACAAUACCGGCACCAACAAUGGGUACCAUGUUAUUUAUGUUGUUGCUGGGAUUUACAAUGAGUACGUGUCCCUGUCGAAGAACAAGCAGAACGUAAUGAUUGUUGGAGAUGGCAUCAAUCGCACCGUGAUCACUGGCAAUCGAAGCGUGGUUGAUGGAUGGACCACUUUCCAAUCUGCAACAUUCGCUGUAGCUGGAAAAGGGUUUGUAGCAGUGAACAUAACAUUUUGCAACACAGCGGGCCCCGCCAAGCACCAAGCAGUAGCUGUAAGAAACAGUGCAGAUAUGUCCACAUUCUACACCUGCAGUUUCGAAGGCUAUCAAGACACACUGUACACGCAUUCUCUAAGACAAUUCUACAAAAACUGUGACAUUUACGGAACAGUUGACUUUAUCUUCGGCAACGCCGCAACUUUGUUUCAAGACUGCAACAUCUUUCCAAGACUACCCAUGCAAAACCAAUUCAACGCUAUCACGGCGCAGGGCCGAAUGGAUCCGAACCAAAACACCGGAAUUUCCAUUCAGAACUCAUGGAUCGUUGGAAAUGAUGGGAACUACAGCAGGGUAGAAACGUAUCUGGGAAGGCCUUGGAAGGAGUAUUCAAGAACGGUUUACGUGCAGUGUUUCAUGGAUGGGAUAGUUGAUGGAAAAGGUUGGGUUGAGUGGAAUGGGGAUUUUGCAUUGAGGACCUUGUAUUUUGCGGAAUUUGCUAAUUGGGGUCCAGGUUCAAAUACUACUAAUAGGGUCACUUGGGAAGGGUACCAUCUGGUGGAUGAAAAUGAUGCAGAUGGUUUCACUGUGUACAAUUUCAUACAAGGUGAUUCAUGGUUGCCCAAGACUGGAGUGCCCUUCAAAGCUGGGUUAUAG